AUGCAGUCCGGAAUCUCAGUCUCGCAAGAGCUCCACGAUGCCUUCUCCCGCUUCGCGUCAGACACUUCCAUUUUCUGUCUCCCCGUGACAAUCACUGCGGAGCGUCUAACCCCGCUCUCAACCCUCCCUUUCUCCGGCUAUGGCGACAGCGCAUUCUACGCUUCUCUCUCCCAACUAUCCUCUGUAUUAGAGCCCAAGACGCCUAUGUACCUGCUAGUCCGACGAAGCGGAUCUACCCUCAUCGCGUUGACCUAUAUCCCCUCCAAUGCAGGGGUGCGUGCCAAGACGCUCUUUGCGUCUACGCGUGCGACUCUGGUCAGGGAAUUAGGAAGCGAGAAGUUCAGCGAGACUAUCUUUGCUACUGAUGAGGAGGAGGUUGUGGGCGAGAAGGCGUGGAAAGAGCGGGAUGCCGAGAAGAACGGGACCAGUGCUAGUGGAUACAGGCGGGAGGAUCUAAUGAGUGAGAAGGAGAGAGAGUUGGAGGCCGUGCGGAAGGCAGAGGAGGCGGGGAGGAGUGGGACGCCCGGGCGGGAUAUUGGAAUUGGAGGGUCGUUUGCCAGGGGCCCGUCUAGGAUGAAGAUUGAGAUGCAGGUGGAUGAGGAUGCGAAGGGUGCUCUAGCGGGGUUGCAGCAGGGUGGCCUGGUGCAGGUGGCCAUUGACGUUCCAACGGAGACACUCAAGCUUGCUGCCGCCGAGUCUGGUGUUGACGCCAACUCCGUCCAGAACCACAUCUCCACAUCCUCGCCGAGGUACACUUUCUACCACUAUCCCGACUCCGACGCGAUCAUUUUCAUCUAUACUUGCCCUUCGGGCUCGUCGAUUAAGGAGCGGAUGUUGUACGCGAGCUCUCGGAUGUAUGCGCUCCAGGUGGCGGAAGAACAGGGUCUGAAGGUUUCGAAAAAGAUUGAGGCCGGCACUCCCGAUGAGGUUACAGGCGAACGCCUUCAUGAAGAGGUUAACCCGCCACAGAACAACGGUCUCAGGCAAGGGUUCGCGAAGCCCAGACGCCCUGGGAGGUAG